AUGAAAAACAAAAGGAGAGGGCUGAAGGAACAGCCAAGGAAAAAGCCACUGGACAUAGAAAAGAAAAUAAGGAAUCCACACAAAUAUGAAGAAAAAAUGCAUUUCGAUAAUUUAACCAAAGGAGAGCUAUACGUGCCUGAGUCCUGUAAAGCCAAAAAAUUAGCCAUGUUGUGUAAUCGUCUAUUUUAUUUUGAUAUAAAUGAUGAGGAGUUACUGGACAGAUAUGCACAAAGAGCUAUAGUAAUAGUUAACAGUAUGAGUACCAAAGAAAUUUCUCUAAUAUUAAACACAAUGAGGAAGUAUAAUCAUAGAAAUGAAAAAUUGUUGGAAGCAUUCGCAAAGCAUAUUCCCCGUAAAUUACACAAAGGGGUGCCUCAGGAUAUUUCACUAAUAUUAAAUGCAUAUGCCCAUUUUAAUUUUAUCGAUAAUAAUUUGUUCAGCAGGAUAUGUGAAGAGAUUCCUCACAAAAUUACUUACUUUCAACCUUUUCAUAUUUCAAGUGUUGUGAAUGCUUUCUACAAACUAAAAAUAAAAGACAGGAUAAUUAUUGACGACCUGGUGGAUGAGACAAUUGAGAGAAUCGAAGAAUUUGAUGCGAAAUCUCUCACCAACAUUAUAAACUCUUUUUCAAAACUGAAUUAUCAGAAUGAAAAUAAGAAAAUCCUAUGGGUGAAAUUUAUCCAAGGUGUAAAAAAUCUACGUAAAGAUUUUAACUUGCUCGAAAUUACGCUCAUAACAAAUGCUUUUUGUAAAAGAAAAUUUAAAAAUGAAAACGUGUAUCAUUUGCUAAGCGAAAUUUUAACUAGUCACAUUUUCGAAAUGAAAUCUGUAAAUGAUAGUAACUCCUUUUUACUAUGUACCAUUGCACAUGCAUUUGCUAAGGUUAAAUUUUAUGACAAGGAUUUAUUUCAUUUUAUCUUUUCCCACUUUACCAAUGAAGAUAAUUACGCAUCCUUGGACAGUCAACAUUUCGCACAACUGAUUUAUUCAUGUGCUGUAUUUAAACACGAUGAUAAAUUAUUCCUAGAUACGUAUACCAACAUGGUGCGCAAACGUUUGGAAGGGAAAAGUAACGAGCUAAAUGAACAAGCCUUGUCUACCAUUGCGUAUGCUUAUGCCAAGCUAAGGAUCCGAGAUGUCAACUUCUUCGUUCAGCUCUCUUCCUACAUCAUUAAGGAGAAAAUUUGUUUAUCUCCCCAAAGUUUAAGCCUAAUUUGCUACAGUUUCUCCAAGCUCAAAAUAAAGUCGCAAAUGUUGUUUUACUUUUUAUCCAUGCAGAUUUUUCAAAACAUGAAUUUAUUUAGCAAACAAGGCUUGUCCCUCAUCUUGUCUGCCUACGCAAAUUUACAAAUUUUUCACAUGAAAAUGUUUUCCCUUAUUAAUAAAUAUUUAAAUCUCUAUGUGGAAAAUUUUACACAAGAGGAGUGCGUGCUGAUUUCUGGCCAUUACCAACACGCGCUUAAGUGUAUCAAUGAUGAGGUGGAAGGGGUGGGGCACAACACCGAUCGUCUGGGAUCAUCUCCAUCCUCCCUUAUCGCAACGUCUAACAUGAAAAAGGAGUUAGAAAACUUCAUCCAUUUGUUGAGCGACAAAAUAGAGCAAUUUAAGAGGGAGAAAGAGCAGAGGAAGGGGAAAGAACCUACCGCCAGUUAUCAACAAGACGAUUUUACUUCCAACGAAGGUGAUGACGACGCAUGUGACGAUGACAACGAUGAGGACAACUUCUUCUCCAUUUUUAAUCAAAAUGACAUUAUGAAUGAGGACUCGGCGGAUGUGGCAAACCAUUCAGGACAAAUACCGAAUGGUGUAGAAGAACUACACUUGGGUAUCACCCCAAACCAACUAACCACUAACAAAGCAACAUUUGAUGAGGCAGAAAGACAGUUGUACUAUCCGGAAGAUCCCUUCAACGAACAGUCAGAUCAUAUUCAAGACAUGAAGAAAAAGGAAGAAGAUGCGCUGAAAAUAUACAAAAAAAUGUUCCUAAUGGAUGUGGAAGGUACCACUUCCACCAAAGGGAAAAGGCUAUUAAUUAAUGAGAAGCUAAAUGAACGUCUACGUACCAUUCUGAGCAAACAAGACAUUACAACAGAGGAUGAAAAUACAAAAGACAUUACAACAGGGGAUGAAAAUAGAAAAGGCGAUAGACAGAGGAUGGAAAAAACAACGAAAAGUUUGCUCCAACUAAUGACGUCCAACAAGCCACCAAAAAUAAAUUACGAGAAAGAAAAUUUCAUAAAAUCCGCUGAGCAGGUGGAAUCCGAAUUUAUAAAGGCCUACGUAAGUGAGCAGCAGGAACAGUGCGAUGAUGACAAAGAUGGAAGCACAGAAAGGAGAAAGGGGCGAAGAGGAAGGAAAAAACAAAUUCAAAAUAUGUUAUCCAGGAAAUACCAACCCGCUGAUGAUCUUCCAACGUUGCAGAAAAAAUGGAACGAUCUUUACAACCCGUCACCUUGA